AUGCGCUCUCUAUCUGCCAGUGCUGCCUCACUUGCCACUGCCACCCAGUCAGCCCGAGAGCUGCAGCGGCGCGUUGGGUCGCUGCCAAGCAAGGGAGGAACCGCGGUGCUGCAGGGGGUGGGUGUGCAGGCAGGCACGGGGUUGAAUGCAGUGCAGCAGGGUGCGGGGGUGCUAGGGGGGGUACAUGUGCUGGUGGUGGACAAUGCGGCAGUGAAUCUGCUGGUGGCGCGCCGCACUCUCACUCGCAGCGGCGCCACCGUCGCCACCACUGCCAGCGGGGAGGAGGCGCUGCGGCUAGUCAAGCUCGCUCUGGAGGGCACCGUACACCCCAUGGAACCUGCCUUGGGGGGCAGCGCACAGCCUGCGGAUGGGCAUGUGGAUGUGGUGCUCAUGGACCUGCAGAUGCCCCUCAUGGACGGGUUUGCAACCACAGAGGCCAUACGGGCACACGAACAAGCCCUGCUUCUUCACUUAGCAUCCCCACCAGAAGCUGCCGCCGGCGCAGCAACAGGAGACACACAACCAGACAUGCAAGCAGAUGUGGAUGAUGGGGUCAUUCGGCGGUGCCUUGCGAGUGGCUUUGAUGGUGUUCUGCAGAAGCCUGUUGACCCGAAGCUGCUCUCGCAGCUGCUGCUGCGGCUCGAACUCGGAGGCUGUGCGCACCGGGCCUAG